AUGGGACAAGCACAAGCACAGAGUACGAAUGAUUUUGCCACGAGUACAGAUGUCUCAUCGAACGAACCUAGUGAAUUGUAUUUAGCUUGUCGCAAUGGUGAUAUUGAAAAAGUAGCGCAAAUCUUAACUCACUUGAAUACAUCUAACAUCAAUCGUCUUGAGCCAAAUGGAAGUACUUCGUUACAUGCUGCCUCAUUCUUUGGUCAUAAAACUAUCGUUCAAAUGCUUCUUCAAAAUGGUGCUCAAUCAUGGAUAGUUAACAAAUAUAAAAUGACGCCAUACGAAGAAGCAGCGAAUGAUGAAAUUCGUUCAUUAUUUCAUCGUCCACUGGAAACAAAUAGUAAUCGAUUUACCGAUGAUGAUACUAAUAAUGGCUGCUUAGAAUUAAUUUCAGAAAAGAAAAUCGAAGAAAAUACAAAUAAUAAUAUACCAAACAGUUGGAUUGAGGGGUACAAAAACAUUGGUAAAGACUUUGAAACUAAAGGUAUAAAAUUUAUUGUUCGUGCGCAAAUGACUAAAUACUAUCUAACAAGUUUACAACGAUCAAAUGAUUGUGCCCGUGAAUUACGACGAAUAUUAAAACUUAGUGUUCCAUCUAAUCAUCCUGAUUAUAAAAUUGCAUGUCGUCUCUUUGAUGAAUAUUGUUCUCGAAAUCAAAUAGAACAUCUUAUUCGCUUAUAUACACUUGAAACAGGGUUUUAUCAUGCUCUGCAUUCAAAUGUUGAAAUAUUUACCGUUGAAAUCUAUUCACAAUUACAAAAUCUUAAAGAUCGAUUUUUUCAAGGUAAAACUUAUCGUGGCCUAUCAAUGACAACGAAAGAUAUUGAUGACUAUAAAUGGGGUGUGCAUAAUCAAGGAACAUUAAUUGAAAUAAAAACGUUAACUUCAACAUCUAUUGAUUCCAAAGUUGCUUAUGAAUUUGCGCGUGGUAAAAAAACGAACAAUACUAAUUGUCAUCGAGUAAUCUGUGAGCUUCAUUUCGAUCGUUCAUGCAGUACAGCUAUUGAUCUUCGACGUCAUGCUGAUAAAAAUUUACUGUGCCUAUCUGCUUAUGAAGACGAAGCCGAAGUACUUGUUCUACCAGGUACCCUAUUCAAAGUACAAGAUGUUAGUCAAGAAAAAGAUACAGGUCGAUAUACAAUUGUUUUACAAAAUAUGCAUGUACCAUUAAAUAUCAUAUUAGAAGCAUUCAAAGAAUUACAAACAUGA